GUGUACAGCUACGUUCGCGACUCGCGUUGACGUACAACUUUUUUGUUGCUUUGCAUACUUUGUGUACAAAUAUUUCGCUUUUAUCAUCUAAGCAGAUUUUUUUGGCUUUUUCUUUAUCAUCGCGCUAUUGAUUUCGUCUUCUAGAUAAGAGACAAACAAAAAUAAAAUGGUCACAAGUAAGCAGAAAAACAAAUGGCUUGACGACGACAUAUAGACAAUAGAACACGCUGAACUUCGCUUCACAACUUUGCAGCUUUCAUAUCAACAACCCAAGCUUGUAGCAUUUUGCUCACUUUUGCUUUGGGAGCAGAGAGCGUGGAGGGGGUGGUGGCGGUGCAUUGCGUUUCAUCGCUAAUAAUAAGUAUUUUAUUUUAUUAUUAAUUACAAUGGAUUACAAGAAUAAGAUCAUUCUGGCACCAAUGGUUCGUGUCUCUACACUACCUGUUCGUCUUCUGGCUUUGGAAUAUGGCGCUGAUAUUGUUUUUACCGAAGAGCUCGUGGACUGGAAGCUUUUGGCAGCUGUGAGGCAAGUAAACAAAUCGCUGGGGACUGUGGACUAUGUGGACCCAGCGGAUGGCACUGUCAUUCUGCGCACCUGCGAAGAGGAACGCUCCCGAGUGGUGCUCCAGAUGGGCACAUGUGACGCAGAGCGAGCCCUCCAGGUGGGCCGCAAAUUUGAGAAUGAUGUGGCCGGCAUCGACAUCAACAUGGGCUGUCCCAAGGAGUUCUCCAUCAAGGGCGGCAUGGGCGCCGCCCUGCUGCAGCAGCCCGACAAGGUCAAGGACAUUCUGACGACGCUCGUCAAAGGAGUCAGAGUGCCAGUGACUUGUAAGAUACGCCUGCUGGCCUCGGACGCCGAGACGCUCUCCUUCUGCCGGAUGGUGGAGUCGUGUGGCGUGGCAGCGCUCACCGUUCACGGCCGUACGCGUCACGAGCGGCCGCGGCACCCCGUGCACGAGGACGCCAUCCGGCGCGUGGCAGAGGCGCUCACCAUACCCGUCAUCGCAAACGGCGGCUCUCGGCACAUCCAGUGCCGGGCGGACGCCGAGGCGUUCCGGGAGCGCUGCGGUACCUCGGGCGUCAUGCUGGCCCGCGCCGCCAUGUGGAAUCUCUCUGUGUUUCGGACGGAGGGGCCGCUGGAGAUGGACACGGUCAUCACCCGGCUGUUGGAACUGUGUGUCAGGUACCACCACCCGUUCACGCAGGCCAAGUACACAGUACAGCAGAUGUUACGAGAGCUACAGGAGACGCCUCGCGGCAAACGAUUCCUGGCUGCGCAGACCCUCGAGGAAAUCUGCGCCAUCUGGGGUCUGGGUGGCGCCUGCCGCGCCGCGAUCGGACCCCCGACCAGCCCCGACGGUAGACCGCUGUCCAAACGGCCGCGGCUCGACGACGGCGUGGAGCCCGGACACCGAGCCUUCGUGCGGGGUCACUAUACGCCGGAGCAGCUGCCUAAGACGCUGCUGCACGCGUGGAGCGUGCGCCACGGCCUGCCACUGCCCAGCUACCAGCUCGAGUUCUCCGACAAACUGUUCAGAGCCGUCUGUACCGUCAAGGAGCGCAGAUACGCAUCACUCUGGGAGAAGAAUAAGAAGUUUGCCGAGCAGGGCUCUGCCCUCACCUGCUGCCUAUGUCUGGGAAUCGGCGGCCUGCCCACGGACAUCGGCCUGGUGUCCCCUGUGUCCGCCGGACAGCCGGUGUCCGCUGGACAGCCAGUGUCCGCCGUUACUGGGAGUGGCGACGGUCACACGUCGCAAAAGGACAUCUCGGGUGGGACGACAAACGGCCGGCACGGCCCCGAGACCGACCCCCAGCGGUGUGCAGUGGGGCUGGAGGAGCGAACGGUAGGUCAGGACAGGCCAGUGAAGGGAACGGGGGAGCAGAACGAUGCGUCGGUGAUGGUGGAGAAGGGGGCGACAGAAAUGACACAGGACGGGGCGAGAGUGGAGGGAGAGGCCACGCAAAACGGGGAGUCAGCAGCCGCCGAAUGUGAACGGAAAACGAACGGUUUCGCCCCUGCCGGCCAGUUGGUCGGAGGUGUCUGAUUAGGGCAGAGAUGAACGAUUUGAUGUCUGUUUUAGUAUGUGGGGCUGGGCUGAUAAGUGAGGGGACCCUAUUGUUGUUAGAGGCUGAGUGGCCAGUUGUGAGGUUUGUUUUGAUUUUUCAGGGACGAGGGUAGGGUGACAAUGCAGCCAAGAUACCUCUGAUAGUGUUAUAUGAAUACAUGACACAUUGUGCAA